CAGAGUCCUGACCUGAGCUUCUGUUCUCUUCUCUUCUGUAUAUAAUUUUUUCGUUAGAUUGAGAGAACGAGAACGAGAACGAGAUUGAGAGAUAAACAAGGCUAUGGAGCCAGAAUCUGGGAUUUCCGCUGCUCACCGCUCGACUUCUACUACUAUAGGCCAGCAACUUUCAUGGACGAGGAUGUCGAGGAAUUUGUUACUAGCUUAUCAGAGCUUUGGUGUAGUUUACGGGGACUUGGGUACUUCACCUCUUUAUGUUUACUCAAGCACAUUUUCUGGGAAGUUACAGAAACAUAUUAGCCAAGAUGCAAUCUUCGGUGCUUUUUCAUUGAUCUUUUGGACUCUUACUCUUAUCCCUUUGCUUAAGUAUGUCUUUGUCUUACUCAGCGCUGAUGAUAAUGGUGAAGGUGGGACCUUUGCUCUUUACUCACUGCUUUGCCGCCAUGCUAAGUUUAGUUUGCUUCCCAACCAGCAAGCAGCUGAUGAAGAGCUCACUGCCUAUAAAUAUGGUCCAUCUUCUCAGCAUGCUAGUUCCUCUCCCCUGAAGAGAUUUUUGGAGAAGCAUAAAAGGUUAAGGACUGCCCUUUUAGUUGUUGUGCUUUUUGGAGCUUGCAUGGUCAUUGGUGAUGGUGUCCUUACUCCUGCUAUCUCAGUUCUAUCUUCGGUUUCGGGGCUUGAAGUUACAGAAAAGAAAUUAACUAGUGGUGAACUUCUCUUGAUUGCUUGUUGCAUCUUGGUCGGUCUAUUUGCUCUGCAGCACUGUGGCACACAUAGAGUUGCCUUUUUAUUUGCGCCUAUCGUAUUGAUCUGGUUGUUUUCCAUUUUUUCUAUUGGUCUCUACAACACAAUACAUUGGAACCCAAAAGUUGUUUAUGCUUUUUCACCCCAUUAUAUUGUCAAGUUCUUUAAGGAGACUGGUAAAGAUGGUUGGAUUUCUCUUGGUGGGAUUCUUCUUUCUAUAACUGGAACCGAAGCUAUGUUUGCUGACCUUGGUCAUUUCACUGCUUUGUCAAUAAGGCUUGCGUUUGCUUUUGUCGUAUACCCAUGUUUGGUUGUACAAUACAUGGGUCAAGCUGCAUACUUGUCCAAAAACCCCGAUAAGAUUCAUUACAGCUUUUAUAAUUCAAUCCCUGAAUCUGUAUUUUGGCCGGUGUUUGUUGUUGCCACGCUAGCAGCUAUUGUUGGCAGCCAGGCUGUUAUAACUGCUACGUUCUCCAUCAUCAAGCAAUGUCAUGCCCUUGGUUGCUUUCCAAGAGUCAAAGUUGUCCACACCUCAAAACACAUAUAUGGGCAGAUCUACAUUCCAGAAAUAAACUGGAUACUCAUGAUCCUUACUCUUGCCAUAACCAUCGGAUUUCAGGAUACAAAUUUAAUUGGAAAUGCUUAUGGACUUGCUUGCAUGACGGUUAUGUUUGUCACAACAUUCCUUAUGUCACUUGUCAUAAUCUUUGUUUGGCAGAAAACAACGUGGCUAGCUGCAGCGUUCCUUCUUUUCUUCUGGCUAAUAGAGGGUGUUUACUUAUCAGCAGCAUUCAUAAAAGUGCCUCAGGGAGGAUGGGUCCCCCUUGUGCUAUCAUUCAUUUUCAUGGUUGUUAUGUAUGUCUGGCACUAUGGAACUCGAAGAAAAUAUAACUUUGAUCUACACAACAAAGUUUCACUGAAGUGGUUACUUGGCUUGGGCCCCAGCCUCGGUAUUGUCCGUGUGCCUGGAAUAGGCCUCAUCUACUCAGAAUUGGCAACAGGAGUGCCAGCAAUAUUCUCUCACUUUGUAACAAACCUCCCAGCAUUCCAUAAUGUGUUAGUUUUUGUUUGUGUGAAAUCAGUUCCAGUUCCAUAUGUUUCUCCCGAGGAAAGAUUCCUCAUUGGCCGGGUUUGUCCUAGACCAUAUCGCAUGUACAGGUGCAUUGUCAGGUACGGGUAUAAGGACAUACCACGAGAUGAUGGGGACUUCGAGAAUCAAUUAAUACAGAGCAUAGCAGAGUUCAUCCAAAUGGAAGCAGUAGAACCACAAUUUUCAGGGUCAGAGAGUUCUUCAUUGGAUGGGAGGAUGGCUGUUAUAAGCACUCGAAGCUUACACUCACUCUCGAGCUUGGUAGUGUCUGAACAUGAGGACCACGGCGGUAGCAAUUCAUUUCAAAGCAGCAAAUCUCUUACCCUGCAGAGUUUAAGAUCAGUCUACGAUGACGAGAACCCACAAUUGAGAAGGCGCCAAGUAAGGUUUCAGUUGCCCUCAACACCUGGUAUGGACCCUGCAGUUAGAGACGAGCUUCUGGCUUUAGUCCAGGCUAAGGACGCCGGGGUUGCCUACAUAAUGGGGCAUUCAUAUGUGAAGGCUAGGAGAACAUCAUCAUUUCUGAAAAAGCUCGUGAUUGAUAUCGGAUAUUCAUUUCUAAGGAAGAACUGCAGGGGACCAGCCGUGGCACUUAAUAUUCCACACAUCAGUCUUAUUGAAGUUGGCAUGAUUUACUAUGUCUAGUCCUGCCAGUGAUUUUUUUUUUUACUUUUUUCUUUUUAACUUGUAGGUUUCAGUUCUAAAGCCAAGAGGGUUAUUAUAUAUAGCUUUUUGGACCAACUUAUGUGAGAGGCCUGAAGGCUUUUUCUUGGUAGCAGAAACUUUCUGCUUGGCUCUUCCAAUGUGUAUAGAUAAAGUCCAAAUUCAAUUCUAUUAAGCUAGCUUUUAAAAACCCUUCUCAUUUUUUUAA